AUUAAGUUUGUGCCUUCCGACGCUUACUCACCCGUCGAUACCAGUUUCGACCAGUCAACGGACACGCCAAAGUGGGACGCCUGGUUUACAUUGAACUUUUGAAGAUGCUGCAAACUGCUGAAGAGAGCUUGACAAAAGGAAUGGGGAAUUCUGUCCUUCUAGUUCAAGGAGGAAAAGGCAAGAAGAAGUUCAAGAAGGCAAAGAAGAAUGAACCUAAAGGAAAGGGUAACACCGAGCCAAAGUCCAAUUCUUCUAAGCUCAAGCCUAAAGGUGGAGUGGCUAAAGACUCCCUUUGUCAUCACCGUGGUGAAGUUGGCCACUUGAAGAGGAAUUGCAAGCAGUAUUUGGCAACCAAGAAAAAGAGUGAAGCUUCUACUUCAGGCUUUGGGAAAACCUAUACACGAGGGUCACACUUCGUGCAUGAGGCAUACAUGGAAACCAUAAUUGGCCUUAGUGCUAGUGGGAGAUUGUUGAAUAUAAGUGAGCCCUAGAGGCCAACUUAUGAAUCCAUAUCUAUGAUAUAAAGAAGAAUAGGCCCUAAAGAUUGUUUAAGUCAUCUCGUGUGAUUUAAACAUAACUUUAGUCCAUAGAGUAGGUGCUCUAGUAACAUAGAUGAGAACUACGACAUUCUAAUUAUGAGGCUGUUACAAAGAUAGAGACUACGUCUAAAAUAUCAUUAGUCGAAUAUUAUGAUAAUAAGUACAUCAUAAUAUAUCAAGACUAAUACG